GAAGAAGAAGAAUAAAACCAAGUAUCUAACCAAAUAGGGAAGACCUCUUCAGGGAGACUUCUGGUUGUGCGUUGUUUCUAGUUCGAUGUUAUCUUUAUGACCUACAACAACCGUCGAAAGGUACAAAGAAGUCCGAAGGAAUGAAGUCAUGAUUUUUUUAGGGGCUGUCACUUUCAGGUCACAAAGGAAGCAGGUGACCACAUGCCUAGUCCAGCAGAGAGCUCUGUCAGGUGCAGAGGCUGUCAGUGCUCUACGACCAUUUUAUUUUGCUGUUCAUCCAGACUUCUUUGGUCAAUAUCCCUAUGAACGGGAAGUGAAUGAAAAUUCUUUGAAGAGAUUAAAUGGCUACUUAGAAAACUUGCAGAAGCCUGGCUCAAAUUUAGCCCGGUCUACGGAGCUCACAUUUUUUGUCAGGGACACAAAGGAGAACAGUGAGAAGAAAGCAGGCAUUCUCCAUUCAGGUUUUCGGUCUGUGACUUUCAUUCUACACACGAAUAAUGUUUUGAGUACUGUGAUGAACGUCCUGACAUCCUGCAGCUUACCUGUGGAGCACAUAAAGGAACUAAAAGAACGUUUUGGGACAUUUAAAAGUGUGCCUGACACAGGAGUACCUUUUUAUAGACCUAUCAAAUGGGAUAAAAGCUUCUACACCUUCACUGGUUUCAGAGACCCUGAGCAGGAGCUGCAGCAGGCCAGGACAGUGGAACCUACACUCCAGUUAGUAACACUGAUCCCCACUUCCACAUUGUGCCAUUGGCUGAGAAACAAUGAACCUGUGGCAACAAAGAAAUACAAUGCAAGCCUUCCACAGAGAGAAGAACUAAGCAGAUUAAAGAAGGAACUGUGUCUAAAGUUUCGAUUGGCAGAUAUCCGGUGGCAGCGCAGCUGGGGAGUGGCUCACAAGUACUGUCAGCUUCAGAGUCUUAGCCGACUGUCUCACCAGAGCCCAGAAGCCCUGAUCAAUCUGCAAGGGCAUACUGUUGUGUUCGCUGACCAGUCGGGCAUGAAUGCCUCUGGAGAAGUCUUGCUAGGAACCAUGGAUGUUCACCAUCGGUGGAACAAAUUAUUUCAGCAGCUGCCCAGCUAUCAGAGCCUUCAGCAGCAGACAGACUGGUUAAAGGAAAGAAUCAGUGACCUUCUGGGUGGAUCUCAAGUAAUCAACCUGGAGAGGCUGGGACCAAUCCAGCCUAUCUCUGAACACUACAUGACACUAAGUACUUUCCACCAAACCCUGAUGUCCAGAUGCCUGCGCUUGCAUCCCAGGAGCCUGCAUGGCCUCACCCUGGUACUGGAAAGUAAUCGCUCUACACCUAGUCUCCAUGAGAUGGGGCACUUCAUUAUCCCCACCAUCUGUGACCCUCCCAAACUUCGGGUUUUCCUCCAGAGCCAUGCCUCUGAGGCCAGAAGUUGUACCAUAAAAAGAAAUCAGUUGCAGGUGGAAGAGGAGGCAGUAGUGAAAUUAUGUCUUCAGGGGUUGUCUCUGAGGAACAUUUCCAAGGAGCCCAGUGUUAGCUCAAGACAGAUGAUCCUCUGUUGCAAACGGCUAAUGGAACAGCACUCUCCACUCAUGCAGGGGCUGAAUGUUUGUGUUUCUCACUUUUAUUCUGUCAUGCAGGAUGGGGACCUAUGUGUCCCCUGGGAUUGGAAGAGCUGAGCCAAACUUUCAGAAUUUGCCAGUAAUGGUUGGCCGAUGUGUGGGCUCAUCACAUAAGAAGCAUCUUAUUUUUAAACAAGAUUUUCAUGGCACAAACAUAAAUGUAAAAGUGGCAAAAAGCUAGGGGAUCAAUAAAGUAUCUUUGAAUUGAAUUGAAUUGUAGUAUAUACUGUAUUACUAAAGCUUUUUAGACAAUGCAUUUUUUCGAUUUUGGAAAAUGUCAGUUUUGUGGCUACUUGUAGUUUACCUUGGAAAACAGUUUGUAUUCACAAUCUGAAAUAAAUGUAAAACUGAAAUAAACUGUGAACCACAACUAAUAUAUUCAAUCAAAGAUGUAGACAGACAAUAAAGUGUUUGUCAUGACA